AUGUCCGAACCCCACCUCUGCUUCCGCUCCUUCGUCGAAGCCUUAAAGGCAGACAACGACCUGAUCGAGAUCAACACCCCCAUAAACCCAACCCUCGAAGCAGCCGCAAUCACCCGUCUCGUAUGCGAGAAUGACCAAAAGGCACCGCUGUUCAACAACCUCAUCGGCGCCAAAGACGGCCUCUUCCGCAUCCUCGGUGGCCCGGCUUCUCUCCGGAGUUCACCUAGCGAGCGAUAUGGCCGUCUUGCGCGUCAUCUGGGUCUUCCUCCUACGGCGAGCAUGAGGACUAUCCUGGAUAAAAUGCUUGAAGCGGACCAGCUACCUCCGAUCCCACCGGUCAUUGUCCCUACGGGGCCCUGUAAGCAGAAUAGUCUAGAAGGGGACCAGAUCGAUCUCACGCAGCUCCCUGCGCCUAUGGUGCAUAAGUCCGACGGGGGUGCAUACAUCCAGACAUACGGAAUGCACAUCGUCCAAUCCCCCUGCGGCAAGUGGACAAACUGGUCCAUCGCGCGCGCCAUGGUCGCGGACAAGAACCACCUGACAGGUCUGGUCAUCGAGCCCCAGCAUAUAUGGCAGAUUCAUCAGAUGUGGAAGAAGGAGCGUCGCGAUGUGCCCUGGGCGCUGGCAUUCGGCGUACCCCCUGCGGCGAUCAUGGCGUCUAGCAUGCCUAUCCCGGAUGGUGUUAGCGAGGCGGAGUAUGUCGGUGCGAUGGUUGGGAAGCCGAUUGAGCUGGUGAAGUGUGAUACGAACGGUCUCUAUGUUCCGGCGAAUUCGGAGAUUGUGUUUGAGGGGACGCUGUCGAUUACAGAGACGGGGGAGGAGGGUCCGUUUGGGGAGAUGCAUGGGUACAUCUUCCCCGGUGACACACAUCUCUGUCCGAAAUAUAAAGUCGACAAGAUCACGUACAGAGAUAAUGCCAUCCUCCCCAUGAGCUCCUGCGGCAAACUCACCGACGAAACGCACACAAUGAUCGGCUCCCUCGCCGCGGCCGAAAUCCGCAAAAUAUGCCAAAAAGCCUCCCUGCCCGUGCUGGACGCCUUCGCGCCCUUCAUCUCGCAAGUAACCUGGGUCGCAUUGCGCAUCGACACAGCCAAGCUGCGGACUAUGCAAACAACACCCAAGGCGUUCGCGAAACGCGUAGGCGAUCUCAUCUUCAACCACAAGGCCGGGUACACGAUCCACAGGGUCGUGCUUGUCGGGGAGGACAUCGAUGUGUACGACGAUAAGGAGGUGAUGUGGGCGUUUUCGACGAGAUGUCGCCCCGGUACGGAUGAGGUGUUCUUUGACGAUGUGCGUGCGUUUCCGCUGAUUCCGUAUAAUGGGCAUGGCGGGGCGUCGGCUGUGCGUGGCGGGAAGGUUGUCUCUGAUGCGUUGUUGACGGUUGAGUAUACAGAGGGUAGAGACUGGGAGGCGGCGGAUUUCAAGGAGUCGUUUCCUGAGGAUGUGAAGAGGGAUGUGCUUGGGAAGUGGGAGAGUUUGGGGUUUGGGAAGUUGGACAAAUAGAUUAUAAAUAGUUAUAGAUUGUAUAACAGUAUAUUAACAGUAACAGUAUAAAUAUAGGCCAAUUCCACAACUUUUAGGCUAUUGUACAUGACAUCAUUGCCAGCAUUAAAGUAUUAGGUGCAGUCGGUAAUAGAUACUUGCUGUUAUAAGUCAACACUUGGCUUUACUAGCAGUGUUGAUAGCAGAAGAUACGACAUACCUCAUGAUGGCUUCCGGAGCUGGGGAUAGUAGAAGAGGAAGAAGACGACGACGGCGAGGAGCACGACCAGCGUUGGAAUGAACAUGAAGGUGAACAGGAACAGGCUGAGGCCAAAGGCCAGGUUCUGCCCGGGGAAGAGUUGGCGGGCCAUGGAUUCAGCAAUCGCAAGCAUAGCAGUAGAGACGAUCGAGAGAGGGACGAUCAAGAGAGAAGCUUUAGACUAGAAACCUGUAGACUAAUAAAGGAGGGAAGCGUAGUCUAUCCGUGGACGA